AGAGGCAAAGUUAAGCAAGGUGCGUGCCUUGCGCGACGAAAAAACACAAAGACUGAUAAAACUUAGAGAUUUACUGCGCGAGGACAAGCAUCGUUUGAAUAAAGAUGAAAAGGAAUGUGAUCGUUUAACAAAACUCGAAGAUUCAUUGAAAUUGCAGGAUAUUUGAUGAAGACAGUUGUGGUACUGUUGAAAAGAUUAGUUUUUCACUUUACUUGACAAACGUUUCUUUUUUAACUCUUCUGUUGAGGUGGUUGUCUUACUUAAAUGGAAUGAAAUCACUUGUUUGUGUGUUUUUAUUCACCAGACAAACACAUACGUCAUAUUUUUCAAUUAUGUUACUUUUCCUGUGUCAACUUUUGUAGAACAACUCGAUAUAUUACAAACUAGCUUUUGGUUGGGGAAAUAGUGUAAUCAUCUCCCACAUUAUAUUCUUUUUUAACUAUAUAUAUAUAUGUAUUAAUAUUAAUUAGCUUUGUCUAUACGCGAUGUUUUAAGUGUUUUAGUUUAUUCACUAUCUCUUAAUGAAAAUUAUCAAAAAAUCUAAACGUUUUGUUCUCAGUUUCAGAGUUUUGAUAUCGAUACGAAUUUUCCUGUUAAUGUCGUAAAGUACUUGCAUUAGCAAUUCAAAUUGUGUAUUUUGUUAUUCUAGUAGGUUUAACUCGUUCGCAUAUUCUACUUGAUUAACAUUUUAAAUGUGCUCUACAAUAUUUUACAUGUUUGUUUGUAAAAGGCUACUGUGAGAAUAUGAACGUUAAAGACAGUAAUUUUUACGAUUUCUUCAAUUUGAUGUCGUUUAUGUAGAUAGGUUUUCGUUAUUAUUCUGUGAAAAACCGCGAUAUUCCUCCAAUACACACGUGUAUUGAAGAUAGUGGUGAUUUUGAAGUUAAGCAAGCAAGAGAUAUUGAGUAAAUGUUUAGUGAAGCUUGCUUAGCAAAGCAACAUAUCAUUGUUCUUGCAAUAUGUUUAACAUAUGUUGAUAUAUUGGAUCAUGUAAUGUGUGACUCUAUCUCGUCUUUUGUGGCUUUGUCUUCUUAAAGCUGGUUAUAUUUAUACGGCAAUUUGAUUUGAAGCUGUGGACAGAAGACUCUUCUAGAAAUGAACCGUUCAGAUGUUCGAUUUCCUACCCAAGGGAAGAAUGAAAAAGUCAAAAAUCUUGACACGCGACCGGAACGCACCAAGCAAAAGAAUAAACAUGAUCGCAUUGGGAUCAUUAUGUAUCUUAAUGAACCAGAAGAUCCAGCCAACUUGGGGAUAUUCAGGGUGUUUUUUGGUAUUUUAAUGAUGAUAGACAUUCCACAAGAACGGGGUAUGUCCUCAAUUUAUCGGCAUUGGGGUGAUCGCACACUCUGUUUCUUCCCGUUAUUUGAUUGCUUGAAACCUCUUCCUGUUGAAUGGAUGUAUGUGGUUUAUCUUGUGAUGUUCUUGGGGGCUUUGGGCAUCGCGUUAGGUUUUUGUUAUCGUUCAAGUUGCGUAUUAUUCAUUACAACUUAUUGGUAUAUAUUUUUCUUGGAUAAAACUGUGUGGAACAACCAUUCAUACCUUUAUGGUCUCAUUUCUAUAAUGUUAUUACUUACAGAUGGCAAUAGAUACUGGUCAAUUGACGGUUACUUCAACGACUCCAUUCGUAACACAUAUGUACCAAGAUGGAACUACUGGCUAAUUAAAUUUCAGAUUUUUCUGGUGUAUUUUUUUGCUGGAUUAAAGAAGAUUGAUAUGGAUUGGAUGUCUGGAUACUCAAUGUCUGGGUUGGCAAAGCAAUGGGUGUUUGAUCCUUUUCGCCUUUUUGUUUCUGACGAGUUCAUCGAACUUUACAUGGUUCAUAUAAUUGGAUUGUUGUUUGAUCUUUUUGAAGGUUUUCUACUACUGUUUGACAAAACUCGACCUGUAGCUUUGUUUUUUGGCUGUAUGUUUCAUCUUAUGAAUUCUCAAAUGUUUCAUAUUGGUAUGUUUCCAUGGACAAUGCUUGCGACCAUGCCGUUUUUCUUACGAUCUGAUUGGCCAAGACGCUUGUCACGUGCGAUGCCUACUUGUCUCUCUUUGUUCUUACCGCAACGUGAUGACCCUAAAGUGAAUACAAAAUUCACCAACGAGAAGAAUCCUAGAAGGAAACAAGAUUGUAAGGAUAUUUAUGUAUCUCUCAGGAAAUACUUUCUUAUUGGUGUAGCUAGCAUUUAUGUCAUCAUUCAAUUAUUUCUUCCUUGGUCACAUUUUAUAACCCAGGGAUUUAACUCGUGGACUAACGGUCUUUACGGGUACUCAUGGGACAUGAUGGUACACUCUUGGAGCACGCAACACAUUCGCAUUGAACUUGUUGACAAAGCAACAAAUGCUUCGCAUUAUCUUAUACCUGGGAUAUGGAUUCAUGGACGCUCAAAUAAAAGGGGAAGAUGGUCGUCACAACCAGAUAUGGUAAAGCAGUAUGCAAAUUGUCUUGCAAAGAAACUUUCUCAACACGAAGAAUUGAACAUUACUGAGCCUGCGAUUUACUUUGAUGUUUGGCGUUCGAUGAACGGUCGAUUUCAACAGCGUCUUUUAGACCCCAGGGUGGAUAUGGUGAAAGCAGAAUGGUCACCAUUCAAAAUGUCCGAAUGGAUUCUACCAUUGAUGGUUGAACUCUCACCUUGGCGAACGAAACUGGAUGAAAUUGAAAAGGAAACCGUUAAAUCCAGUAAUUUUACUGAUGUCGUUUUUGUUGCGGAUUUCCCUGGUUUAAAUUUGGUAAAUUUUGUAAAGAAAGAUAUAAACGCAACGAUCACCGUUUUGGACGGCUUGGUUAUUGUAGAGCAAGAAGGACACAACGUUACUUUAGAGAAAAAUGAGAUUCUUUCUUUGAACAGCAAUCAAACUCAUAUUGUUCAUACAAUAUCUAAAGAGCCAUCUUGUUGGAUGUAUAUUUACACAAAUAAAACAUUGGCUGAAAAUAUCACGUUACAAGAGAUAGAAGAAAAAGAAAUAAGCGCCAUAAAAGAGAAUGAAACACUACUCACAACUAUCGAAGAUUUUAUAAUGGAAAAAAUGCACAUAUUUGCUGAGAAGAUACAUCCCAUAAUUCAUAGUAAACACUGUUACAUGUGUUUACAUUGUGUUGCGAGCUAACGGUGACAUAGGUAAAUUGUUUAAACAUAUACGUUAUAAUCAAUUGUUUUGGGUCUGUCGAUUCCUCAUACUUGACAAAAAUGAAUCUACUGAAUUUGAGAUCGUUUAUUUUGUCUUUGGUCAUAGGAAUUAAAGUCGAAGGUAAUUAUACGCAAUAACAAGUUAGAUUGAAAAUUUGAUUGUAUAGAGGCGUAGAAAACGUAUGGUGUCUCUUCUCUUUUCAAUGCUUAGAAAUUAGUUACACUAUUACUUGCAAUUUUUUGUUUAUGUGUGAUUAAUUAAAACAUGAUUUGUGAUUAAUUAAGACUUGGUGAGUGUUAAUUGAGACAUGAAAUUCUUAGCAAACUGUCGGUGUGUUGAUUAUCUCCGAGAUUGGUAUAUCGUUGUGGGGUCACAAGUUGCAGGAAUCAUUCAGGGUAUUUUAAUCAUUUUCUUUAUGAAAUGUUUGUGCAAAUAUUGGUUGAGACGGCAGCCACAAGCGACUAAUGUGACAAGAACAUCUCAAGAAGAGAUGGGUCGUAUUUAUGAAGAAAUUGGUCCUGUUACAACAAACUUGGAUUCCUUAGAAAGCCUGGAUAUUACGCCUAGAGAUUCUGACAAUUUGUCAAAUUUUCAAGCAAGAUCCCCAUUCAUCAUUGAAUUGACAAAAAGCAAAUGCGACUCAAUUGAUAACCAGGAUGAGUUUGGUGAAGCAGGGACAAGCCAUGGUAAAAUGUUGAAGAAGAAUGAUAACCCUGUUUGCUAUCAGGAAUCUAGCACAGAAGUUUCACAGCAAAGUGACUUUCUAAACAAGCAAAAGUUGAUGUAUUAUCAAGUAAAAAUUCCCACCAAAUUCAGGGGGGAGAAUACAAAGAUCCACGAGAAAAGAAUGACUACGGUAAUCUCAACUUAUUGCAAAUCAGGUCGGCAAAUUCACCUUCAAAUGUUCCGUCGAAUACGUCAUACGAUGUAGCUACAAAUAGCGCAACUGAACACCAACAUGAAAUAAAGAAAUUCCCUGACAUGGAUGAAGAAUCAUUCUCAACAGAACAACCAACAAAUAUAACCGAAAGGUUUUGUAAAGAUUUGUCGUUGAAAAAUAGACAAUUGUCUUCAUCUCGUCAGAUCCCUUUGAAACCUCCAAGAGCACGUAGUUAUGACAACUUUCAUCGUUGUAAGUCACAGCGCCAAGAAAAACACAAUAAAACAUCCUUUCUGAAUCCGCUCGAUAAAACUGGAUCACAAACUCUCGCAAUUGAAAAUGGUUCACAUUUGAAUGCAUCAUCAUUAAGCCCAAGGAAGGAAGAAAAAGAUUUUAAACUGCCAAUAGUUGAUGCAAAGUUUUUUGUAGAAAGCAAGACGACGACAAGAAAUCCUCCCAAGUCAUAUCACGUUCAGCAUCGUUACCAUUUACUGGACAAGUAAAAUAUUUCUAUACUUCACGUUCAUCUAAUGUUAAAGAUAGUUCUAAUGUUAAUGUGUUCGACCGCAAUCCUUACAAGGAAGAGGAUACACCUCCCGCUCUACCUCCAAGAUUAAGAUCAUUCCGUCAAAUGUCAUCUUUGCCACAACAACAUCGCAGGGAUACUGAUGAUUUAAGUUAUCAAUACGAACACAUGAAUCCAAGAUAAACAAACGGAACGUGUAUCGAACAAAAUCCUUGGUUAUAUUUAUAUUUCUUUAAAUUUGUGCAAUCAUAUAAAAGGUUGCAUGUUUGAAAAAAGGGACCAAGUGAGUCUCGUUAUAAGCAUUACUUUGAUGAUUUAGUUUUGUUAAAAUAUUCAUCGGUUGAAAGGAUAUUAAUGCAGCAGUUGAUGGUGUUGAAUUGACGUUCAUGGCACAAUAAUUUUGUGAACUAUUUUUUUCUUAAAUACAUAAAAAAUUUUUAA